AUGUAUCUCUCGCAACGACCAGAAACAGCACUUGUCGAUAUAUACACUGGCAUAUCGCGAGACCUCGUCGCAGCAUGGCCUACAGCCCAAGAUCUCGACUACAUCUGCAAGCUCCCUGUCAGCAUCUCCACGCACAUGCACAUGAAAUUAACGACAUCCUCUGCAAACCUGAUGAACCAGGUUCCAGAUAGCCCAGGAAAGAUAUUGCAGCUACCACCACCAGGAUCGCAUCCAGUACUGAUAGCGCGGAAACUCCUUCUACUCAGCAAUAUAGUGCAGGGCGCACUAUCCGAUGACUGUAUACCCAGAAGCCAGCGCGAGCAUCUCAGUAAAGUCAUGGCUCAUGCCAUGGAUACAGCAACGCGACUGGUGACAUCCAAUGACGAGCUAACCGCCUCUGUCGAGGGCGUCGAAUGCAUCAUGAUCGAAGCCAUCACCCAGAACUACGCUGGGAACCUGCACCGCGCGUGGCUGACUGUGCGCCGCGCCGUUGCCGUAGCGCAGAUGUUGGGUCUGCAUCGUGGUAAUGCUAAACGAGCUUCUAUCAAGGUGGUGGAUCCCAAGACGCGCGAGAGCCUCGAUCCAGACCAGCUGUGCUGUCGUAUUGUGGAGAUGGAUCGCUACCUCUCGUUGACACUGGGGCUGCCGCAGUCUUCGCUGCAGACGGUUGGGCUGAGCGCUGAAGUUAUAGCAAAAUGCCAUCCGCUGGACCGCAUCGCGAGGCUGCAAUGCGUCAUUGGAGAUCGUAUCUUGGCGCGUAAAGUAGGAGAGCCGCGCGAUAUCACGGAGAAAAGGGUCCGGGAAAUUGAUGACAUGUUUAGGGAGGUGACGGAGCUGAUGCCGUCGGACUGGUGGCUUAUUCGAGACUUUGACAACAAGGACGGGGGCGAAUCGGAUCCGAUGCAUGAGGUUGUAAGGAAUAUGUAUCAGCUGUCGCACUUCUACCUCGUUAUACGCCUGCAUCUGCCGUAUGUUCUUCGCUCGUCGGGCGACGAUAGGUGUGAAGAAAGUAAAGCGACAGCUGUGCAUGCUGCCCGCGAAAUCAUGAGUCGAUAUAUCGCGUUUCGCAAGUGGAAACGCGGUCCGUAUUAUUGCAGAGGAGUCGACUGUCUGGCUUUCGUCGCCCUCAUGGUGCUGUGUUUGGCCCAUAUCGAUUCGCAGAACCAAUCGAUGAUUCGGCACAAAGCACUUUUCGAUCAUAGCCGUCCGAGCGAUCGCGCUUUGAUGGAGCGAACGGUCAAGGUAUUGGGGGAGAGGAGCGACGAUGCUCUCGCCACGAAGCUAUCGAGUAUCAUACAGUAUCUUCUCGACGCCGAAGCGGCAUCGGCAAAUGGGACUGGCUACAACACUUCGGCUAGUGAGACAGACGAUGGGAUGGCGACGGAGUUUGAUGGCCAGUUCAUGGACGCUGAGAAGGCGGUCUUGCAGCUUCACCUGCCGUAUUUUGGCACCAUCAGCCUACAGCGCAGGCUAGCCUCCGAUAUCCCGUUGGCUGAGGAGAUGCUGUCUACUCAGGUAGCUGACCAGACACAGUCAUCACUCACGGAGUGGGACAAUCGGUGGUCGUUCCUUGAUUCGUCGAACGAUGCGGGGGCGCUUGAUGACUGGACACUGCAGAGCAUCAACGAAGGUCUUUUCGGGGGACUGCUUGGCGGGUUGGGAGACGUGGAUUUCGACCCUGGGCUGCCUGUAGAUAUAUAG